AGUAGAUGAGCUACUUUCUUCUGAUUGGUUCACUGGCCCUAGCUUUCUGUGGAAAAGGGAGAUCGAAAUGCCAACAGAGGUGCCUUCAGAGCUGCCUGUCGGUGACCCAGAGGUUAGAAAGGCUCAGACAUUUCAGACAAAGACCUCAGAACAAGUUGACCUUGUAGACAGACUGAAUAAGUUCUCAUGCUGGUCUCGGGCAGUCAAAGCAGUGGCGCGGCUCAUACGGCGUGCAAGAAAGGUAAAAUCAUGUGACCUCUCAUCAGUUAGUGAAAGACAGAGUGCAGAGCAGCUCAUCAUCAAAGACAUGCAAAGUCAAACAUACGGAGAAGAGAUAAAGCUACUAAGCAAAGGACAUCAGCUACCAAAACAAAACAAGCUGUAUCACCUCGAUGUUUUCCUAGAUGCAGAGGGUGUGCUCAAGGUGGGAGGUAGGCUCAGCCGCUCAUCUUUCCCUAACACAUUCAAGCACCCAACAGUCAUUCCUCAGGGACAUCACGUGACGAGUCUGAUCAUCGCCCACCAUCAUGAAAGAGUGAAACAUCAGGGCAAAGGCUUCACCAUCAAUGAAAUCAGGUCCAAUGGCUAUUGGAUCUGUGGACUGAGCAGAGCAGUGGCAACCUACAUCCGUCACUGUGUGACAUGUCGAAGGCUGAGAAGGCCUGUUGAAAGCCAAAAGAUGAGUGACCUGCCUGUCGAACGAACAGAACCCACCCCACCAUUCACAUACUGUGGGAUGGACUGUUUUGGUCCUUUUUGGACUAAGCAAGGGCGAAAAGAAGAAAAAAGGUGGCGCCAGGUGCAGUACCUGACCGAACAGUUUUGGAGUAGAUGGAAAAAGGAGUACCUCCACAGCAUCACAGCAAGACAGUGCUGGCAUGGCACUAAAAGGAACCUACAGGUCGGUGAUGUAGUGAUGGACGCUGAGGACACUUUACCACGAAGCAAAUGGAGACUUGGGACAGUGACUGAAGUCAUUCAAGGCAAAGAUGGACUUGUGAGACGGGCCAAAAUCUUGUUUGGAGAGAAGGAGCUGAACCACAAAGGAGAGCGCACCAUCAGGACCUCUUUGGAGCGCCCUGUCCAGAAAUUAGUUCUAUUGCUAGAAGCUGUUUAGGCACUAUGCAGUUAUGAAAUGCAAUAUAGUUUUCUGUGUGGUGUAGCCAUAUAUAUUUGAAGGGUUAUCCCUAUAAGUUGAAAUUGUGUGUUUUAAAUGUUUCCAUUUUGGAAAAACACUAGAAUUUGGUGGGAGUGUAAAUAACCCCAUGAAGGUAUAAUUCAUUUUUAGUUUAAUUUGUACUUAUUUGCAUAAUUGUGAACACGGAAUUAGUUUAAGAAUUUUAUACAGGCCUUAUGCCAUUCAUUUUCCUAUAGACUUUUAUUUUGACAACGGUAAAGGUAAAAUGUUAAUCAUACUUCACUUUGUUAGCGUGUAACUUUUUAGUACAGUGUAUGAUCUGGUCACGAACGGAUGUACGUGUGUAAAAUAGAAGGAUUUUAUAGUUUUAAUGGACCCGUAUGAGGCCAAACAGUUCUUACGGUGGUGAUAGUUUGAAAGUAUAAGGAAUGUAGUAUUGAACAAGAGAAAAUAAAACAGUAAAUUUGAACCA